GUGAAUGCAUAUACAAGAAAAUGUUUGGAGACCAAGCCAGGUUUUACGAAGGAGAGAAACUUCCAAUAAUCAAGCACACACACCUUGGCACUCUGUCCAUGGUUUCCUGCGGCAGCCAUCUAUUUGGAUCACAGUUCUUCAUAACCUUGGGCGAAAACUUAGAUUCACUGGAUGCUGAGCAUUUGGUAUUUGGAAAAGUUGUUGAAGGGUUGGAGGUAAUUUGUAAAUUGAAUCAAACAUUGACUGAUGAUAAGAACCGCCCAUAUCAAGACAUUCGAAUCUCUCACACUGUUAUUUUAGAUGAUCCAUACCCAGAUCCUAAGGAGGUCGAGUUCCCUGAUGAGUCUCCAAAGCCCACUCGCGAAGUGUUUGAGUCAGAUUAUAUUGCUGCUGAUGAGACAAUUGAUGACACUGAAGGUAAGACCAUGGUGGAAAUACAGGAAGAAAUUGAAGAAAGAGAAGCCAGAGCUAGAGCUACAAUUCUUGAGAUGGUUGGAGAUUUGCCAGAUGCUGACAUGGCACCUCCAGAAAAUGUUUUAUUUGUAUGUAAGCUUAAUCCAGUCACAACAUCUGAAGAUUUAGAAAUUAUUUUCAGUAGGUUUGGGAAGAUUAAUUCUUGUGAGGUGAUACGUGACAGAAUAACAAAUAAUUCACUUCAUUAUGCAUUUAUAGAAUUUGGUGAAACAAAAUCCUGUGAAGAUGCUUACUUCAAGAUGGAUAAUGUGUUAAUUGAUGACCGAAGAAUUCACGUAGACUUCAGUCAGUCAGUUUCAAAAAUAAAAUGGAGAGGGAAGGGACGAGGAGUUGAGUUCUUUGAUGAUAAUGGCCAAAGAGUUGAUGAUAAGAAAGGUCAAAGGUACGAUCCCAGCAAAGACCACAGCAACCAGUCAAGAAACAGGAAUAAAAAUGCUAGAGAUUCACGGCACAUAGAUCAUGGACAGCCUCAAGUAUCAGAGAAGGACAGAAAGUCUCCUCAGAGGCAGCAGUCCUGUGAAGGCAAUAGUAGAGAUAAAAAUGAUGCAAAACACUUUUCCAGGAAUGAGAAGAAUGGCAGAGAUGUGCAGGUAGACAGAUGCAGAAUGGAAAAACACAAGAAACAUGAAUCUUCUAAAAGAAGUCAUGUUGAGAGUGAAGACAGUGAUGGCUUACCAAGUGAUGAAGAAGCAAGAGAAAAAAUGCUAAGACACUUGAAGAAAUCUCUUAAGAAGAAGAAAAAGAAACACAAGCAUAAUAGUGAGAGUGACACUGAUGAUUCAGAUGAGAAGAAAAAGAAGAAAAACAAAAAGAAGAAAAAGAGGAAAAAGAGAAGUGAAAAUGAGAAAGAAUCUGAUUCUGAUUCAGAAUCAAAGAAAAAGAGUAAGAAAGGUAAAAAGAAAAAGAAGAAGAAAAAGAAGGAAAAUUCCUCAUCAGAUAGUCAUGAGUAACCAGAUUUGGCAAUAAAACUUAAAUAUAGUACAAUUCAUGUUUUGAUUUGGUAUUCAACUUUUUUAAAAUUUAAUAAAUAAUUCAUUAUGUUGUGAUUGUAAAAGAUAAUUGUUUUUGUUUUUUAAUUUUGUUUUAUAUAAAUAAUAAUCUCAUAAUACAAUGCCUGUUGCAAUGCAUAAAAAGUUUGAAAUUCUGUACUUAAUGGCCAAAUAUUUUUUUCAUUAUGCAGAAGUUAUAAUAAGUCAUUUGUAAAAUCAUUAGAUAAUUGUGAAUAAUAAUACUGGAAUUGAUCAUGUUGUAAAUUGCCAUAGCUAUUUUAUUGAUUGAAAAAUGUACUGCUAAUACAAUGUUUGUGUUAUGUAAAUACCCUUUUUUUUUAACCUUCACUGUU